AUGCAUCUCCAGGGCUUCGCCCCAGCGCUUAAGCAUGAGAUCGUCCGCGUUGAAGCGGCCCCGCGCGGCGGGCUUAUCGACGCCCAAAUCGCGGUAGGAAUCUACCUUUUCGAGAACAUCCAUGCAGGUGCCGAACAGGCUGGCAACGCCAACGACAAGCCCAGUCGCCUCCAUGAUGGUCAAAGCAGCGAAUUUACAUCAACAACAACUACAACGGACAAGUACUUUGCGGAUCUGGAAGCCGUAAACUUACCAAAACUCUCCAACGACCGCAUGAGUGUUGGUGCAAGCGGCGGCAGGAAUCUUUUCAAGGGAUGA